AGUCUCCUGUGCGCCUCAUCCCAUCUCAUGCAUGGCUGCCAGUAAUGGUCUACUGGGUGUCAGCUUUUAUUGGCACGAUACAAAGCAAGAGCCAAGGGCUGCUGCCUCCACUCCCCAAGCAGACUCGACCUCUGGAUAAAAGCAAGCAAAAUGCCUCAGUCGAGCACAGAAACAUUGAAAUGUUAGGCUGGAAAGAGGAAGUACAGUGGAGAGGGGAGGGACCGAGGGCAGAGUUCCAUGGGGCUGCCGCGGCGCUUCGAACUUCUGCACAUGGAGCGGGGGAGAGUUGGAAGAACUUCAUAUUGCAAACUCAAGGAAUAGCAGAGUACCUGCACCGAAUGGAGACGGAGGAGGCACAGGAGAUGUCUCAGAUGCCAGGCAGGGACAGCCCCCCUCCCAAUGAUGUGUCUGAGGAGAAUGACGAGGCCAUGCCCAUCCCAGAGGACCUGUCUGCUAGCUCCAAUCUGCAACACAACAACAGGGGUGACAAAGAAGGCAUGGCCUGUAACAUUAAAGUUGAGGCUCGCAGUGACGAGGAGAAUGGGCUCGCCAUUGACAUGAUGAUGAAUGGCGAGGAGGAGGAGGAGUGUGCGGAAGACUUGCGCGUGCUCGAUGCCUCGGGGGCCAAAGUGAACGGCUCCCAUGCAGGCGGCCCCGACAGCAAGGGCCCCUACUCCUCGGCUGGGGGUAUCCGCCUGCCCAACGGGAAGCUCAAGUGUGAUAUCUGUGGGAUAGUUUGCAUUGGCCCCAAUGUGCUGAUGGUGCACAAGCGAAGCCACACUGGAGAACGUCCGUUCCAGUGCAGCCAGUGUGGCGCUUCUUUCACCCAGAAAGGCAACCUGCUACGUCACAUCAAGCUCCACUCAGGAGAGAAGCCCUUCAAGUGUCACCUGUGCAACUAUGCCUGUCGCCGGAGAGACGCCCUCAGCGGUCACCUGCGUACCCACUCUGUUGGAAAACCCCACAAAUGUGCCUACUGUGGGCGGAGCUACAAGCAGCGUAGCUCUCUGGAGGAACACAAGGAGCGGUGUCACAACUACCUCCAGUGCAUGGGGCUGCAGAACAGCAUCUAUACAGUAGUAAAGGAAGAAAGCAACCAGAAUGAGCAGAGGGAAGACUUAAGCCAGAUGGGAUCUAAGAGAGCCUUGGUGCUAGACAGACUAGCUAAUAAUGUAGCCAAACGUAAGAGCACUAUGCCACAGAAGUUUGUAGGUGAGAAACGCCUCUCCGACAUCUCCUUCGAGGGUGGCCCGGGGGAACUGAUGCAGCCUCAUGUCAUCGACCAGGCCAUCAACAGUGCCAUCAACUACCUGGGUGCCGAGUCACUCCGACCGCUCAUCCAGACCUCCCCAACCUCCUCUGACAUGGGGGUCAUGGGCUCCAUGUACCCCCUCCACAAGCCCCCUGCAGAGGGCCACGGCCUGUCAGCCAAGGACAGCGCAGCCGAAAAUCUUCUGUUGCUCGCAAAGUCCAAGUCAGCCUCCAGCGAGAAGGACGGCUCCCCCAGCCACAGUGGCCAGGAUUCCACCGACACGGAGAGCAACAAUGAAGAGAGGGCAGGUGUCGGGGCCUCAGGCCUCAUCUACCUGACAAACCACAUCACGUCCGGAGUACGUAAUGGCGUGCUGCCCCUGGGGAAGGAGGAGCAGCAGCGGCAGUACGAGGCCAUGCGGGCCAGUAUCGAGAUUGCCUCGGAGGGGUUUAAGGUGCUGAGUGGAGAGGGGGAGCAGGUGAGGGCAUAUCGCUGUGAACACUGCCGCAUCCUCUUCCUAGACCACGUGAUGUACACCAUCCACAUGGGCUGCCACGGCUUCCGAGACCCCUUCGAGUGCAACCUCUGUGGCCAUCGCAGUCAGGACCGUUACGAGUUUUCGUCACACAUGACCCGAGGGGAGCAUCGCUACUGAGUUGCCAACCGAACACACACUUACUCAUGAACAUACAUACACAUGUACUAAACACACACACACACACACACACACACACACACACACGAUUUUUAUACAUUGUCAAGAAAUUGCAUGUUGAAGAACAAGUCUAAUUAAUGUGUAUUUCACAUGUUCAGGAGGAAAAAUAAACUAUUCCUCGAUCUGCUUUUUUAGAAAACAAAAAGGUGUUCAAAUAACCGAACAAACAAUUUAAAAAAUGAUUGUGCCUCAGCAGUAAGUAUCAUGUGUCACAUACUGUAUAGUUUUAAGUCAUUCAUCUACCCUUUGAUGUCUGUGUACAUUAAAUACAUGUCUGUUUUCUGAUAGCCUACCUAGACAGGAAUAUCUGUAUAUUUUAUUCUAAAGAAUACAAGGUAUUGCUUGACAUUUAAGUUAUAACUUUAGUGUUAUUCUUCACUGUAAUAACCUAUUUGAAUCCCACCCAAGGAAAUUUAGCUCCUUAUUUUACUUAAAUGUUUUUUUUAUAUGGACUUUUUAUAUAUUAUUUAUGCCGUGUACACAUGCAUGUGUGUUUUUUUUGGUAAUUUAUUACAGUUGGUGUUAGGGUUUCCCGUUUGAUUUGUUUAGUUCAAACAUUCCCUACCAUUAAUCAAAUGUGAUACAUUAAUAUGAGUGUAAUAAAUGACCGAACUAGUGUUUUUACUGAAAGGUGUUUGUUUGAUAUAAAAUAUGGAUGGGAUUCGAUUUUGUCCCAGCUUUUUACAUCGGUGGCAAAGAAAAUGUUACUCUCAAUUUGGACUAAACUUUUAAAGUCUUUUCACUCAUAUAUCAUGCUUGCAAAAUAUCAAUAAAGGAUAUUUUACACAAAAAUAA